AUGCCCAACACCGCCCUCAACAUGGACGGUGUGCUCUCCGUCUUCGUCAGGUCGCUCACGGUGGCCGUGCUGGUGGCCGCCGUCGGCUCCGUGCUCUACUUCGUCAAGCUCCUGAGGAAACAUCGCGGCAAGAUGGCCGAGUUGCGGAGACAAGGACUGCCCGUCGUCCCGCACAGCUUCCUCUUCGGCAACCUCCUCGAGGCGAAAAAGGCAUUUGACAGCCUCCCUGCCGGUGUCCACGCCAACUACGUGCUAUCGAAGCUCGGCGAGCCCUUCAAGGACGGCGGCGCUUUCUACGUCGACACCUGGCCCAUGGCCGACCCCAUGCUCAUGGUCAUGGACCCGGACAUGGCCCACCAGACCGUCUACCACCCCGUCGCCGGCUCCGCCAAGCCCCCGAUGCUGACCGGCUGGUUCCACCCCAUCACCGGCGGGCCCAGCCAGUUCGACACCAACGGCCGGCCCUGGAAGCACCUCCAUGGCCUCUUCAGCCCGAGCUUCAGCGCCCAGAACAUCACCGCCGCCGUACCCAUCAUCGUCGGCAACGUCGCCACCUUCACGGACCGCCUGCGCGCCAAGGCCGCCGACGGCGCCAUGUUCCGCCUCGAGCCGCUCAUGCUGGACCUCAUCACCGACAUGAUCGGCGAGGCCCUCUUCAACAUGCGCCUCGAGACCCAGAAGCGCCGCCAUCCGCUCGCCGAGGCCAUGAAGGGCCAGCUGCGCCUCAAGUUCACUGCCCACAAGCCCGAGAACCUCGUCGCCCGCGUCGACCCGGUCCUGCUCUUCCGCACCUGGAACGGCGGCCGCGUGCUCGACAACCACAUCAAGCGCCAGGUCCGCGCCCGCUUCCGCACCCUGCUGCAGAACAGGGCCCACAACCGCGACAAGGCCGAGAGCUUCCAGUCCGUCCUCGACUGCGCCCUCGAGAACUGGCUCGCCCUGCCGCAGAACGCCGGCCGCGCCGAGCUCGACGCCGACUACCUCGCCGUCGUGACCCGCAACAUGCGCAUGUUCUUCUUCGCCGGCUACGACUCGACCGCCUCCGCCGUCGUCUACUGCCUGCACAACAUCGCCUCGCGGCCCGCCGUGCUCGCCCGCGUCCGCGCCGAGCACGACGACGUCCUGGGCGCCGACCUCGCCUCGACCCCGGCCAGGAUCGCCGAGAACCCGGCCCUGCUCAACGCCCUGCCCUACACCAACGCCUGCAUCAAGGAGUCGCUGCGCCUGUUCCCGCCUGCCGGCGCCAUCCGCCAGGGCUGCGCCGACCUGGUCCUCCGCGACGCCGCCGGCAACGCCUACCCGACCGACGGCAUCGCCGUCAACAUGCUCCACUGGGUCAUCCACCGCAACCCCAAGUACUGGGCCCGCCCGGACGAGUUCCUCCCCGAGCGUUGGCUGGUCACGGACCCGGCCCACGAGCUGUAUCCACCCAAGGGCGGCUGGCGCGUCUUCGAGUACGGCCCGCGGCUAUGCGUCGGCCAGCAGCUGGUCAUGACGGAGACGCGCGCCGUGCUGGCCUGCGUCGUCAGGGAGUUUGACAUCCGGGACUGCUAUGCCGAGCUGGACGGCGACAAAAAGAUUGACCUGAGCGGCCUCGGGGGCCAGAGAGUCUUCAUGGUCGAGUCGGGCGCCGCGCACCCUACCGACGGGUACCCUUGCCGCGUGUCGCUGAGCGGGUAUCGGGGUGGAAAGGCGUGA